GGAUUUUAUAGUCAUCCUUUGGUAGGAUCUUGGAAGCUGCCAAUAACAACUGUGGAAUAAAUCUCCCAUCAGGUAAAAACACUCAAAUUGAUUUUGUUUCUCAAAAGAGCAGAGUAUAACACUCGCCUUGUGUGGAAAAGUGAUUUAAAUUGCCUGUUUGUUAAGCCAAACUUGUAAUUUGGGGUAGAGGAAGGUGGACAAAAGUGUACGAGAUGCGGCUGUUCCCGGGCUCGGCCACGCCCCGGAAACGCUGCCGUCCAGGCUUUGCGCGUUUGCGCGCGCGCAGUGGCGCCAAUGCCCGCCACUAGGAGGCGCCGGGCCGUGGGCGGUGUGGGUGUGGCGUCACAGUGUUCGUCUCUUCGGGGUGCCGGGCAGCGAUGGCGGCUAAUGCGGGGUACUCGGAGGAGUCGCUGCGAAGCUUUGGCAGAUGUUGUGGUCACCGACCUUGAGGAAUUGCAAGACUUGCUGAAAAUCAAUAUUAAUAUGAACAAGGAACUUGUCACUGGUUCUGUUCAAGCCAAGGUACUGAAAUGGGGGGAAGAAACAGAAGACUUCCCUUCUCCACCAGACUACAUACUGAUGGCCGACUGCAUAUACUAUGAGGAGUCUUUGGAGCCACUGCUGAAAACCCUAAAAGAUCUCAGUGGAUCUGAAACUUGUAUUAUAUGUUGUUACGAACAACGAACGAUGGGAAAAAAUCCAGAAAUUGAGAAAAAGUAUUUUGAGCUCCUUCAGCAGGACUUUGACUUUGAAAAAAUUCCUUUGGAAAAACAUGACGAAGAAUAUCGAAGUGAAGAUAUUCAUAUUUUAUACAUCAGGAAAAAAAAAUCGAUUUUCCUAUUCUGGGUGUUUCAUUUAAAUGACAUCACACAGUAUAUGGCCUCCUGUGUCUGGCUUUCGCUCAGCACCAUUUUCAGGGUUCAUCCAUGUUGUGGCAAGCAGCAGCUCUUCACUCCUUUUUGUGGCUGAAUAAUAUUCCUUUAUAUGGAUAUGUCAUACUACCCAUCCAUUCAUCAGUUGAUGGACAUUUGGGUUGUCUCCACUUUUAGGCUAUUCUGAAUAAUACUGCUGUGCACAUUCAUGUAAAAGUUUUUGUGUGAAUAUAGGUUUUCAGUUCUUUUAGGUAUAUACCUCUGAGUGGAAUUGAUGGUAACUCUUCGUUUAACUUUUUGACAAACUGCCAAACAGCUGCACCAGUUUACAGCCCCAUCAGAAGUGGAUGAGGGUUCCAGUUGUCCACAUCCUCACCAAAGCUUGUUAUUGUCUUUUUUUUUUUUCUUAUAGGCAUCUUAAAAAAAAAAAUCAUUGCAAUUCCAACUCAUAGCAACCCUAUAGGACAGAGUAGAACUGCCCCAAAGGGUUUCCAAGGAGCGCCUGGUGGAUUGAAACUGCUGAGGUUUUGGUUAGCAGCCGUAGCUCUUAACCACUACCACUAGGGUUUCCAAUAGCCAUCUUAGUGGGUAUGAAAUGGUUUCAUUGUAGUUUUGAUUUGCAUUUCUCUAGUGGCCAAUAAUGAAGAAAAAAAAAAAAUUUUUUUUUUUUAAUCAUAAGCACCGUUUUAUGUGCUUAUUGUAGAAAUAUUUUGCCUGUUUUUAAAUUGGGUUGUCUCUUUAUGGUUGAGUUGUAGGAGUUCUUUAUGUAUUCUGGAUAUUAGAUCCUUAUCUAACACAUGAUAUGCAAAUACUUUCUCCCAUUCUGUGUGUUGUCUUCACUGUCUGUAGUGUGUCCCUGUGAAGCACAAAACAUUUUAAUUUUGGUAAUGACCAAUUUCUUUGUUGUUUCUUUGAUUGCCUGUUCUUUAGGUGUUAGCAGAGAACCAUCUCUAAACGUGUAUACAUGGUUGUUCAUUUGAAUUGCCUUUAGCACACUACGCAUAAUACCUAGUAUUAGUAUCUAGUAAAUACUUCACUGGUAAUGAGAAAUCAAUCUUUAAAGUUUCUCUUUUUCUGUUUCAGAAAUUUCAGUCGUGAAUCCUUUACCUAUCUUAUCCAAGCCUCAUGACAACCUGGAUAACUUAAGGUUGUAUGAAGCAUGUGAAUACAGCAUGAGAAGAUUGUGUUCACAGAUUUUUCCCAGCAUGACCUUAAAGAGCCAAUGCACAGAUGGCAACCACCAUGAACUGCCUGAAAUGAAAAAAAAAAAAUAACUGCCUGCC